CCAGACUAACCGGUCUACUUUUCAGUACCAGUUCAAAUCUGGGCUACCAAAGAACAAAACUCACUGGUCAAAGUAAUAAGCGAAAACCGGAGAAAGUGCUCAUAAUUUCGGCUUUUCCGACGUUUAUCAGCCAGUUACAUCGAUCGUGAACUUUUUCGGUCAGGUUAAAUCGGUCUUGCAGAGGCAGUUCAUGCUUUUUGCGUAAACGUUAACUGGAUUAGUGAACUUUUGUUUCAUAAGAGAGCGGAAAUUCUUGGUAGCACACUGAGCGGUACUUUGGAACUUUUCACCUUGACAUUUCUGAUUUUCCCAUGUUUUUAUAAUGGACAGAUUUUUUAAUGAUCCCGCGCUGUAUGAUCUUCCACCCACUUUCAGACGGUAUUCAUUCUCAAAGGAACUGCAUAAAAAUAAAAUUAUCCAUAAUGAUUUCAAACGGGUAUCGUCGUCGGGAUCGGAUAUGGAUGGAACCGAUUGGCAGUAUUUUGACGAUUUCCCCUUUGUGAACCGUACACGACAGCAGAGUAUGGACAGUACCGGCUUAACGCAUCCCACGGGCUCCAUGGCGGCUGGUGCGGAGAAUAAUACUGCGACGUUGGCCACCACGAACGGUCUGGAUGUGCCUCACAAAUACUACCGGGAAGCCGAACAUCGAAUAUUCGUCAACCGUAGCCUACGUCUGGGACAGAUUAAAUUCUAUGGAUUCGACAUGGAUUAUACGCUGGCAGUGUACAAAUCCCCGGCUUACGAAACUAUGGCCUUCGAGGAAAUCAUCGCGCGCUUAAUUGAUGUUGGCUAUCCUCAGGCCUUAGGGGAUUUUGAAUACGACCCUUCUUUUCCGAUUCGCGGCGUGUGGUUUGAUUGUCUGUAUGGAAAUAUUUUAAAAGUGGAUCCAUUCGGAUUUAUUAUGGUGGCUUAUCAUGGCUUCGAGGUGUUAAAAGGGAGCGAGGUGGAGGAUUUGUAUCCGAAUAAGUUUGUGGUGUUGGAUGAGCGGCGGAUGUACGUGAUGAAUACACUGUUCAAUCUGCCGGAAGUGUACAUUUUGGCCUGUCUGAUCGAUUUCUUCUGCAAAUCCCCCGAUCAUCCCGAAGUGACAGUGCAGAAGACCGGUGUCAAGCGCGGGGAUGUCAUUAUGAGCUACAAGUCCAUCUUCCAGGAUGUGCGGGGCGCGGUUGACUGGGUGCACAUGCAGGGAUCGCUUAAACAACGAACCGUCGAUAAUCCAUCCGAGUACGUGGAACAGGAUAGCCGUCUCCCGACCUUGCUGGAUCAUUUGCGGAAGAACGGUGCAAAAGUGUUCCUGCUGACUAACAGUGAAUACGCGUAUACGGAGAAAAUUAUGGCCUACCUGUUCAGCUUCGAAGGUGCCGACACGUCCCGUAAUUGGCGCUCUUACUUCGAUUACAUCGUGGUGGAUGCACGCAAGCCGUUGUUUUUCGGCGAAGGAACCACACUGCGCGAAGUGGAUCAGAAAACUGGCAGAUUGUGCCUGGGAACGACAACCGGACCGUUGCGGUCGGAUCGCGUGUACAACGGAGGCUCGUGUGAUGUGUUCACUCAGCUGAUUGGCGCCAAAGGCAAGGAUGUCCUGUACGUGGGAGAUCACAUUUUUGGAGACAUUUUAAAAUCGAAAAAGACCCGCGGAUGGCGCACCUUCCUGGUCGUACGGGAGUUGGAGAAUGAAUUGCACGUGUGGAGUGACAAGCGGGAUUUGUUCAUGGGAUUGGAGAAGCUGGACGUGGCGCUCAGCAAUAUGUACAAAGAUAUGGAUAGCAGCUCCAUGGAACGUCCGAAUAUCAAGCACAUCCAACAAGAAAUGAAGAAUGUUAUCCAUGAGAUGGACAUGUCGUAUGGUCUGCUGGGCAGUCUAUUCCGCAGCGGCUCCUUCCAGACAUUCUUCGCUAGUCAGGUGUGCCGCUAUGCCGAUCUGUAUGCCGCGACCUUCCUCAAUCUGCUCUACUAUCCCAUGUGCUACAUGUUCCGGGCGCCGGCGCAACUGAUGCCGCACGAGAGCACGGUGAAGCACGAGGAAGCCAUCACCCCCAUGCACAUGGAGGACAGCUUCCACAGCACCCAGGGCCGGCGCAGUUCCUUCCACCAGCACGGCCGCACCAAGAGCAUCACCGGCAGCAUCACGGACGGGCCCACCCUGCCCAAGAUCAGUCCACUGCCGUCCGGUCUGGCCAAGAGCCGCCCUCCACCGCCGGCAACGUCGCCGCCGACGUCCAAGCAGUAGCGGCGCCCACCGGCGCCAGUCCGCAGCAGUCGGGGGCGGUGCGGCGCGCCUAUCCCGAGACACCGGCGGAAUUCACCCAGACCAUCGACGUGUACGACGACGAGGACGCCAGUGAGCCGCACAGUGGCGGACGUACGACGGGCGGCAGUGUGGAGGAGCUGGAUGAGGGACAGCAGUCGCCGGUGUCGUCGGCCGGUGUGCCGUAACGGGGCCAUGGCAUUUUUGACGUGGUUGCUUUUGGCCUUUGGAUUUCUUUCGACAGAAUGUUUGUAACUGACACACACUUUCUUUGGAUACUCUCUUUCGCGGUUUCUUUUACUGAAGGGUGAUAGAGAUGUUUUUGGGUCUUCUGUGAAUAAUACGUACGGUUUUCCAUUGGUCUUCAUGCAGUUACGGAGUGUUAUAUUUUCGACGCGUUGUCUUUAGUUUAAAGGUACCGAAUAAAAAAUGGACAUUGUAA